UAGCGCUGGGCCGGGAAACGAAAGUGAAAGCGAAAGUGGCGAUGGCGGCGCGCGCGGCGCUGCGGCUGCUGCUGGCGGGGCUCUUCGUGUCGGGGUGGGGGGUGGCGGAUGUGGGGACCCCCCCGCCCCUCCCCCCGCUGCCCUGCACCCUGCUGGGACCGGGGGGGGGUGGGGCGCUGCCGGGGGCCCCCACUCAGCGCCAAGUCCGGCUCUGGCUGGGGGGGGGUCCCCAGCCCCCCCCGAACCCCGGCGUCCCCCAGGACCUGGAUCCCGACGCCAACUUCAACGUCACCGACCCCUGGGGUGCCCUGUCCUGGGUUUGGGGCCCCCCCUGGAUGCCCCCCGAGUGUGAACUGAACCCCACGGUGCUGGUGAGCACCCCCCCGCCCUGGGCCCCCUCCCUGCACCCCGACGCCCGCAGCCCCCCCGGCCUGGAGGGGUCCUGGUGGGUGGCGUCCCUGGGGACCCCCGGCUACGGCGUCACCGCGCUGCUGCAGGGACAGCCCCACCCCCCCACCGCCGUCACGGUGGCUCUCUCAGUCUUCACCUUGACCCCGGAUCUCAGGGGUCCCCCGGGGGUCCCCCUGGAAUUACACUGCGCCUUCACCGCCCCCCCCGGCCCCUUCGCCCUGGAAUGGCGGCACCAGGACCGCGGCGCCGGUCGUCGUCUCCUCGCCUACGACUCGGCCACCUCCCGCGUCCCCGUGGCCGUCCCCGGCGUCCAGCUGCUGUUGGGGCCAUCGCGACGACGCGGCGGCGACGACGGGGGGACGACGGCGACGACGACGACGGCGGCGGCGGCCACCGAGGUGACGCUGCGCCUGGACCCCCUGACCGUCGCCCAUCAGGGCACCUACGUCUGCUCUGUCUUCCUCCCCCACGGCCAGGCCCAGCAGCUCCUGCGCGUCCGCGUCCUUGAGCCCCCCAAGGUGACGCUGCGCCCCACGCCGCUGGUGGUGGCCCCGGGGACGCCGUCGGAGCUGCGGUGCGAGACGUCGGGGUACUUCCCCCUGGACGUGGGGGUGCGGUGGCAGCGUCACGCCGGGGACUCGGGGACACCGUUAGCCCUGGAGGACACCGUGAGCGAGACGUGGACGUCGGGUCACCGCCAAGGUCCCGAUGGCACCUUCAGCCGGAGCAGCGGAAUCCGUCUCGUCCCAGCGCGUCCCCAACAUCACGGGGACGUCUACACCUGCGUGGUGACGCACGCCGCGCUGGCCGUCCCGCUGCGCGUCCACGUCCGGAUGGAGGUGGCCGGUGCCACGGGGCCGGGCGUGGAGGACGUGGUGGGGCUCUGCCUGGUGGCCUUCGUCCUCUGCGGGCUCUGGCGCUGGCUCAGCCCCGCCCCCCUGCGCCCCAAACAGGACCCCAAGAAAACGCAGUGACCCCGACGCUGGAGCCCGAUGACACUGAAGGUCCAAAUAAAGGAGUUUUUCCCCAAAAAAAA